UCUCUCGCAGCUCGGCGCUGCCCGAACUGUGAAAAAGUCAAUCGUGCGGCACAACAUCACACCUGUGCACCAAUGUCGUCCAUCACGGUGCCCAAGACGAAGACAUGGGGGAUAUCGUCGAGGGUGGAGAGCGCUGUCGUCCCCGUCAUGCCAGCAGCCACGCCAAUUCAGAGGCGCACUGCCAAGAAGUCGAAAAUUUCAAACGCCCGCGCCACGGUUCACCUCGUGGACAGCGCCCGCGCGGAGUCGGUGGAGCUCAAGGCAGUGCUCGACGACCACCGCACGCAGCUGUCCGACCUGCGACGGCACCUCGAGAAGGAGUCGAGCGAGAACGGCACUCUCGAGGCCGUGGUACAACACCGGGCCGCCCGAAACGCGGCGGGCGACGCCAGUCUCCGCGAGCUGGAGGCUAUGUUCAAGCAGGUCCUUGCCGACGAGGGGCACAUAGCAUCCAGGGCCGCUGCGCUAGAGUCAGACCUCGUCGUGUUCACGGCGGAACACAAGUGCAUCCGGAACAAGACCGCCACCGCCGCCUCCUGGCUCGACCUCGCGCAGGCCGGACUCCUUCAGCGGGAGCGCGCGAUCGCCGAGGCCCAGAGCGAGAGCGACAGGCUCACGGCGGCGGUGGAGGCCGGGCGCCGGACGGUCGCCGACCGCGAGGCCCUGCUGAGGGGCGAGCAGGAGAGGUCGUCGAGGUCGAGGGCCCUGGCCGGAGAGGCGGCCGACGAGGCCAAGGCCCUCGAGAGCGAGGUCGCCGGGCUGCGGCGGGACCUGGCCCGCAAGGAGGAGGAGGGGGGAGAGGCUGCGGACACCCUUGCUGCGAUCAAGAAGCACACGGCGGAGGUGGCCACCAAGGAGAGGGCCAAGACAGAGCUCGAUGAGAGGGUCCAGGCCGCGCAAGAGGCGCUGGUUGCAGAGCGGGUGGAUCAGAAGGCCAAGAGGGCGGAAAUCGCGGCUUUGAGAGCAACUCGGGAGGCGAGUCGAGAGACAGUGGAUGCAGAGGUUCGCCUUCUCUCGGACCAGCUGGCAACUGCUGAUGCCGAGAUUGUCAAGGCGGAGGAAGCGGUGGCACAAGCGUCGGAACGAAUGAAACAGGCGAACGCCGAGUUCAGCAACCUCAUGGCGGCUCUGUCGCUGGUGUUCCGCGAGUACGACAAGGCGGUGACCGCCAACCGCCAGCUAGAGCUCGACGCCGCCGAGACGGAAAGCGCACUCAAGGCCUUGAGCGAGGAGAGCGAGAGGGACCUGCUCCUCUUGCACGAGAAGCGCGACCGCCUGAGGGCCUCCAACGCGGAGCUGAGGGCGACCGUAGAGGCGGAUCGACGCCGCGCCGAGGAGCUCGAACUUAUCUUUGGUACCACCCAUUCGGUUGUCGUCGUUGACGACGAUGGUUUCCUCGUCGUGAGAGGACCAGGCGACUCGCAGAACGCCUUGGACGAAGCAACGGCAUCCAUCGCAGCCAAGCAGGUUCUCGUCGCCGACACCAGGAAGCGUCUGCAGGAGGGGGAAGCCAGGCUUCAAGCCAAGAAGGAGAGAAAGGCACAGGCCCUGCAAGCGGCGAAGGGGGGUGUGGCUGCGGCAGAGGUCCAAGCGCAGGCCUCUCGCGCCCGGCUGGAACAGUGCCAGGCUUCGGUUAUCAAGUUCGACCGAGAAACGGCAGCUUGGACCCCGCCGCCGGCUACCCUGGGCGAGGAAGACCGCCAGCGCGUGGAAGACGAGGCUGCGGCAGCGGUCCAAAGAGCACGCGCCGCCGGCGGGGACGAAUCUCACGCGAAACGGCUGCGAGACCUCGAGGAGACGCUCACCACGAUCCAAGAGGGUGGCGCCGCCAAGCUCAAAGUAGCCAAGGAGGCAAAGGCGGCUCGACUGACAUCUCUUCGAGACCAAGUGCUCCAUGCCUCGCACGAAUUGGCGGAUCUACGUACCCGGGGCGAGACCGCCAAGAACAUGGAGGCGGCUCUGAACCUCAAGCUGGAGGCGCGCCGAGAGGAACAACGCCGCGCAGCCGAAGCCGCCGUUGCCGCACAGGAGGCCGCUAAAGCUACUGCUGAGGAGGCCACCGCCCUGGCUGCCGCUCAAGCCGUCGCCGCAGCUCAAGCCGCCGCCGCUCAAGCCACAGCAGCUCAGGCUGCCGAAGCCGACGCGCUUCGAGCCGCCGCCCUCCGAGCGGCCAAGGCCGAAGCCGCCAAAGCGGAACCACCCGCACCACGCUUCGCCACUCCUGAGACUCGCCCCAGCAACCCCCCGUCGUCAGCGUCUGGACACUAUGCGCCGCCCUACGGAGGACGAACCCCGGCACGGAGCCUCUCCAAGGCUGCCACCGGUCAACCCGCCGCCGCCGCCAGAGCCUCUGACUGGCUGGAGGUACGCCAAGUCGCCCGCGGUUCCGCUCAGACUUUCGGGCUCGGCGGAGGCGCUGGUGGUGGUGCUACGAGUGGUCGGUCCCGGCACCUCUCUGCAGAUAAGGAGGUGAACACGAUUGUCGAACCUGCCGCCCGGCGGAGCCGCUCCGACAACCACCAGUCCGCGGAGGCAGCUAUGCCGCCGAAGAAGAAAUCGAGCCGCUCCCUCUCCAAGGACCCUCCCACGCGCCGCCAGCAAGCCUCGAAGAGCACGGCGCAAGCGGCUGGGAGCCGCAAGAAGACUUUCUCCUUGUCUUCGAGGAAACGCAGAGACGGCGGCAGCGGAGGCGGUAGGCACGAAAAGAAGGACACUUCUUCUGCAUCCUCGGCCCGGGCCUCCUCCAAGCCCGACGCCACCAGCAACAGCGGCAGCGGCAGCGGCAGCGGCAGCGGCAGCGGCAGUAGCAGCAGUCGCAUCCCCGGCAGCAGGCGUGGCGCCGAGGAAGACCACCGCCGCGAGCAGCGCCGCCGCUCUUCCAGCGCUGGACGAGGAGGAGCAGGAGGAGCAGGAGGAGGAGGAGGCCCGGCUAGCGGCAGGAAGGGGAGCUCCAAGUCUAGGAGUAAGUCGCCCCGCCACCGCCCUCGCUCGCCGCGGCCUUCCAACAAGGAGUACGACCUCUGGACCGACAACACGCUCGUUGGUGACUCGGACUUCAGUUUCUUCUGAACGAUACUCCUUCACACGUCCGGUGCGUAGGUGCCAUCCGUGUACGAGGAUUGGGCCGGGAAUAGGGCCGGGAAUAGGCGUCUGUUCCAACCCUCGCCGCGCCCGCCCCCCGCCCUUGGUGUGUCUGUUGGAUGGGAUGUCCUUGGACGGGGACUGCCCUGUGAUCGGAUGGCAAGGAUGGACUCGGGGGCUGCGGAAUGGAUUGGAGCCAGCAUUAGUUCUCGGCAGCGGGGGCAUGAGGGAGAGAGGGGCCGGAACGAGCUGCUUACUCCCACAAUCGAAAGAAAGAAGAAGAGUUGAUCGCGCGACAAAAGAGAAAGCUGUUGACUUGUUUUGAACCUCUCUUCUCCAUUCCCGCGAGAGGUACGACCAACCCGGAUCGAAACAACCAACCAGAAGUGCAUGCCGCUCGCCUUCAGUCAGUCUUCUCGUGCCUCCGAGGAUGCCGUGCUCUCAUUUGGGAUUUUAGAGCAACGCCGGGCGUAUUCUGCGCUUGUCCGUGCUUGCGGGGGCCGUCGGAGGAGAAAUUCUUGUUUUCGGUAUCACCGCUUGUGCAUUUCGGGAGGAGGGGGGUGGGGGUGUGGGGGAGGUCGUGGUUGAAACGGUUGGCGACGACAAGGGUUUUAGCAGUGUCGUUGUUGUUGGCGAUGUUGGCGAUGUCGACGAUGUGCGAAGAAGCCCCCGUGGUCGGCAAGCCGUUGCUCGGUGUGAAGCUCCUCUGGUCGAUGCGGUAGAAUAUUAAACCAAUAGCGGUAGGAGGCAAAGCGAUGGAGCAACAACCCUGGGAGGCACACACGUCACUCGCGCAGCCAAACGCACUGCAUCGUCUACCACACCACUUGCGAAAGGUCGUCAAGUCAUCAUCAUGUUUCUCUCUCCUCCACUAGAAUGUUUUGUGAAUCUCGAUGUAGGCGAGGCUAGACUAUUCUACAUGUGGUAGACCCUCGACAUUGUUGCUUUUGCUGCUGUUCCUGUUGUUGCCGUUGUUGUUGGUCGUGGUGUUGGUAGCGAUGCUUUGCUGCCGGUGGCCAGCUAUCCUUUGAUGUGAGGAGGAAGAAGGCGGGCGGGUACGUAGACAUUUGGGUUUGGAUGAGACUGAAGCGUUUUCGCCCCCUCGCCUCAUCCAUUUGUCCCGGCUUUGGGCCCAGCGUGGAGGUGAGAGUGGGGGAACAAACAUGAUGGCAAAAUGCGGAGGUGAGGGGGCAGCAAUGUGAUUAAUGAUUGUGGAGCUGCGCGGAAAACCACGUAGGUGUUCAGCGGCCCUCGCCACUUCUCCGCCCAUCCCAAAAGACCGGUGUGUGUGUGUGUGUAGAUAAGGCUGGCCGGUCCAGAGUUUAUCGUCCAUCAGGCAUGCAUGCGUAGCUCCCGGGUUUGGGCCUUUGGUGGCUUGGCGCGACUCAAUUGACCUUUUUGGUGCCGAUCUUACGUGUAGAAUCAGAGAGAUUUGUGUACUUCCUGCUGUGACCGACUCGACAGGGUCAUAGACCACAUGAGUCACAUCACCGUACAUGCCGGCGACAAGAUUUGAUCACAUG